AAUUAUUUGUGGACUCUCUUUUAUUACUAGCAAUAUUUUGUGCAAUAAUCGGAUUGAAUAGUGCGGCAAAGUGGAGGGCCAAUCGUAUAAUAUUAAACAAGAGAUGAAGACUGAGUACCGGAUAUGUUCGGCUUGUGGAGAACCUAUCAGCGACAAAUUUCUCUUAGAAGUAUCUGGAAGGAGUUGGCACGCCAGGUGCCUGAGAUGUUCGAUAUGUCAGCUACAACUGGAUAGACAACCUUCAUGUUUCAUCAGGGAUCGAGCUGUAUAUUGUAAAACGGAUUAUGCAAAGAGUUUUGGAGCAAAAUGCUCUAUUUGCACGAGAGGAAUAUCUUCCAGUGAUUGGGUUCGUAAAGCUAGAGACCACGUUUACCACUUGGCGUGUUUCGCUUGUGCCGCAUGUCAUAGGCAACUGUCCACUGGAGAAGAAUUUGCAUUGCACGAAGAAAGGGUUUUAUGUAAAGCACAUUAUCUGGAAAUUCUUGAUGGAGGGACUACUUCUUCUGACGAUGGUUGUGAUGGAGAGGGAUACCACAAAAACAAAGCGAAACGCGUACGAACCACUUUCACCGAAGAACAAUUACAAGUUUUGCAGGCGAACUUUCAAUUAGAUUCGAAUCCCGAUGGUCAAGACUUAGAGAGAAUUGCUCAAAUAACAGGAUUAAGCAAACGAGUGACACAAGUUUGGUUUCAAAAUUCCCGAGCUCGACAAAAGAAACAUAUGCAUACGGGAAAAGUCAAAAGUCAAAUACACGGCAGAGAAGAAAGUAGCUUCAAUAGGCAUAUAAACCUCCAUUUAACGUACUCCUUACAAAACAGUGGACAUCAUAAACCAUCAUCUAUUUUCUCCCAAAAUGGCAAUGAAUUAGAUUCAUCGUUAGACGAACUUUCUCAAGAAUCGACGAUGCAUUGCAUGCAGAACGAAGCCUAGGUCAUAAUAUUUAAGUAAUAAAUAAAUGUUACAAUAUGUUACGCAAAAUAUAGUGAAUUUAAAAAAUUUAUGUAUCUAGUUAUAUCAAUAACUUUGCAACAAUGAAUGUUAUUAUAAAAUAUACACAUAUUUAUUUUUCGCUUUUAAAGAAAUCUUUAGUUGUGAGUUUAUGUAAUGAACAAGCAAUUUAAACUGAUGGUUGAAUUAAAUGCUUACUGUUGCC